AUGAGCUGCUUUUGCUUGAAAAAAGCUAGACCAAAGACUAAGCAAGAACUAAACACUAUUCUUGCUUCAGAGACAUCUUUUACUGUGAAUGAGAUUGAGGCUUUGCUUUGCACGUUUAAGAAACUAAGCAGUGUCGAUGAUCACUUCAUUCACAAGAAGGAGUUCCAUCUUGCACUUUUAAAUAAUAGUGGCAAGCAGAAUCUAUUUGCAGACAGGGUAUUUGAUAUGUUUGAUAUUAAGCGUAAUGGAGUAAUUGAUUUUGGGGAAUUUGUUCGCUCACUGAACGUCUUUCAUCCAAAUGCAUCUGAAGAGGAGAAAAUUGAAUUUGCAUUUAAAUUGUUUGACCUUCGACAAACCGGAUUCAUUGAGCGUCAUGGGUUGAAGGAAAUGGUUUUGGCUACUCUUACUGAAUCAGAUGUUACAGUCCCCGAUGAUGUUGCUGAAGCAAUUGUGGAUAAGACAAUGAAGGAGGUUGACUCAAAAGGAGAUGGGAAGAUUGAUAACGAAGAGUGGAGAGAGUAUGUAGCAAAAAAUCCUUCUCUUCUGAAGAUCAUGACUCUACCAUAUCUAAAGGAUAUAACUCUGGCAUUUCCCAGCUUUAUUUUGCACACUGAGGUGGAGGACUAG